UUCUGUUUUUCAAAACAACAACAACUUUGUAACAACUGCCGUCUGUCUUUAUGCUUUUAAUCACUGUGAAAACAUUGUACUCUUAUGUUGUUGAAAUGUGAAAACACUCGUGGUCAUGUUCAGCAGACGUGUUUAUAUCGCCCCCUAAAGACCAUUUUGCGCCACCGCCUGCUUGAAGCUUCUCUUCCCUCUCCUCUCCUCCUAUACGGAAGUGAAAGAAAAGGACAUAGGGUUUGGUGUGUGUUUUGUUGCGCGUCGCCAUUUCAGUAUGUCACAUUUCAGGAGCACUUCAGGAUCUCCUGUGCUUUGAGUUUUUGCAAACAGCUUCGCGUGCCAGUUUAGGGUUAAUUCUCACCUACCUGACGUAGGUAAAGAUUCAUGGACUUGUUUACCUGCUCUCCGCCUCCUUUGGUUCAUGAUGAUUGUCUGGAAUCCUGGAAGCAGAUUGACGCUGGUGGAUUUGGAGUGAUUUAUAAAGCACAACAUAAAAAAUGGCAGAUGGACGUCGCCAUAAAGUUAUUACAUUAUAACGAUGGCUCUCACACGGAUCUCCUCCGAGAGGCAGACUUGAUGCGUCGUGGUGAGAACCCCAACGUGUUGAAAAUUCAGGGUGUUUACAAAGGUCGAGCUUUAGGAGGCAGAUCGGCAAUUCAGAUGGGUUUAGUCAUGGAAUACAUGGAAAGAGGCUCCCUGGCGGACCUCCAGCUGGCUCUGGACACACCUCCGCCUUGGCCGCUCGCCUUCCGCAUCAUUUACCAGAUUGCCCUGGGAAUGAACUUCCUCCACCAGUUGAGUCCACCUCUUCUGCACCUUGACCUGAAACCCAGCAAUGUGCUACUGGAUGAUAGUCUCAAUGCCAAGCUCACAGAUUUUGGUCUGGCCAAAAUAGCUAAAAGUUCUUCUAAAAGGAUUGACAAGGAUGACGAGGGGGCAGCUGGGACCACAAGCUACAUGCCCCCAGAAGCAUUUCAUCCUUCUAAAUACGUCCCUGCGUUUUCUUCAGAUGUUUACAGCUACGGUAUACUGUUGUGGUCUGUUGUCACUGGAAAGCAGCCGUACCACAUUAUGCCAAACCUCUCAAGUUUGGUGCGGUUUCGUGUCCGAGAAGGUGACAGGCCCGAUUUGAUGUCUAUAGACAGCAGCCUGGCAAAUGGACUGGAGGACCUAAUUGACCUGAUGACGCGCUGUUGGGACUCUGAUCCCAAAUCAAGACCCAUAUUUAUGGAGUGUAUCAGGAUCACAAAGGAUGUGUAUGAGUUGCACAAGCAAGACGUGCCCGAUGCCGUCUGCAAAGUUCUGAAACGCCUGGACAAUAAAGUCAAAAACAGUUCCAGUUCACCCUAUACCAACCCUCCAACAAAAAUAGGAAUAAAACAACACAAUGAUUCCACUGUGAAGAGUCCCAUGCAGGAAAUGGGUCCUUUACCUAAAGCAAAUGGAGCAGGGUCAUUUGCUCAUUCAAAUUCUUCAGCAUUACCAGGAUUGCAUUGUAAACCAGCUGCAAGAGCUCCACCUCCCAAUACGCAGCGGCAAUACUCAGCACCAGGCGGGGUAACCAUCAGCUUAUCCAACGUCACAGGAGUACAGAUUGGCAAUAACAACUUUAUGAACUUGCAAGGAGCGAGACAGCGCCAGAGACACCCAACAGCACCCUCAGGCACAUCUUCCAAACGUCGAGAGAAGCCCCCUAGUACCAAACCCUGAAAUUGUUUUCAAUUAGUUUUUUUUUGGUUGUCUUAUCCAGUGUAUUAAUGUUCUCAAAUAAUUAUGAGCCAAGGAUCAAGGAGCCAAGGUGGUAAAGUUGGCUCCUUGCUCAUUCUAUCAUCCGGUGAUCUCUAGUUUGCUUACCGGGUGAUGCUGUAGUCUCUCGCUGCUGGAGGCCUGGAAAGAGCUGAUUGGCCAAGCUCUCUCAGAGGGGAGGGAUGAAAGGUACUUCUCACAUCAAUCACUGCACUUUUUCCUGAUAAUCCUUUGCCCAGUGUUGUUUGUCGAUUAUAAAGGCAUGUUGCAAAUAUGUAAUUUGGUGGAAGUUCCAUGUUCUGUUUUUCAUUAUUUUUAAUGGUUUUAAUUCCUAUGAUACAAAUGUAUGUGGCGUCUUGUACAGGAUUAUUAUCCCAUCUGCGUUGUGUUUAUGUCUGGUGCCUUGCUUCAGGAUCAGUUAUGGAUCCACUGUAAAUAUCGUCCGAACUGUUUCAUUGUAUUAUGAUACUGCUGCUAUGGUACUGUACGUUUCGAAGAGUUAUGAUGCCUAUCAGAAUGUGUUAGAAUCUAAUACCUAUUCCCAAUUCUCAUCUCUUUUUGUCAAAAAAAGUUUGGACCUAUUUCUUUGAAUUCUCUUCAUGUCUCUGAACUAUUGUUAUCCUUCCUUGGACUCCUUGCUGUUUUGCAUUUAUACUUUUUUCCUGGCAAAGCAUCAAAGUAAAAAUGUUUUUUUCCCCCUA